AAGUUAGAUGAUGAAGGAGAAUUGUUCUUUAAGAAGGCUGAAAUAUUGUUAAUAAAUGAAAAGAUUGAAAGAUCAAUUGGAAAUAGUAGACGAAAUGGAUAUAAAAAUGGUCCCUCGAAGCAUCCUGAUAUUCUUGAAAGAAAACAGCAAAACAUUUAUCAUUAUCAGCAGACAUCAAUUGAAGAUGUGACAGGUCAUAAAAAAAGAACGCCAAAAGAUAUUGAUGAAGCAAUUUAUGAUUGA